AUGAUUCCUGACAACGGCGCUCUGCUCAACAUCGCAGGCAACUUCUUCUACGGCGACCCCAUGCUCUACGCCGAUGGCUGCCAGUUCUGCCCCUCGGGGGUCAUCCAGCCCCUUGUUUUGACACCAGGCGACCUCCUCAGCCCCUCUGGCGGCCGCUGUGCACCCGAGGGUGUCGGGGGAUUUGUUCAGACGACACGUGCAGGGGCCAACAAGCGGGGCGAGGCGAGCCUGCAGAGGAACUGUUUCACUUUAAACAAGCAGAUGGGGUGCACGGGGAACGAGACGCAGCGCAGCAGCAACGAGUGCCUGGCAUUCUGCAGCAUGUCGCGGGAGCUGGGGCCGUGCGACGGGCACGGAGCGUGUGUGCCGCCGCAGGCGGGGGCAGCAGAGGCGCGCUUCACGUGUGAGUGCGACGACGGCUUCGUCCCCACCAACGGCUCCCUCGGCUCCACCUGCGCCCGCCCUGCUCCGCCCCCUGCUGCUGGUAUGCCCUGCUCCGCCCCCUCCACCACCCAGGUAUCCCUCUCCACGGGUGCAGUGGUGGGCAUCGCUGUGGGCUCUGCUGCUGCCUUCGCUCUCCUCCUCGCCCUUGUUGUCGCACUGCUCUGGCCCCGCCAACGCAGUAAUCUACCCCCCUUCCCUCCCAACUUUCCUUUGAAUCAUAUGUCCAUGCCCAGGGGAAACGGCACUGCCGUUUGCAUUGGCUAUGCAUGA